AGACUCAGUGUCAACCAGAAUCUCAUGCAAGCUGCAACAGCGGCGCCCAUCCCAUCUAUUACUUAUUUAUGUAUUUUCAUACCAGAGAGGACAUCUUGAGACAAGGCCCAAGGACAACGGACUGGAAGACUCAAUAACGGUGUGAUAUUCUAAAUAACUUUUCUCUGGUUACAGACUGUGGUUGAAGGCUCAGCAGAACUCACAUGUGGAUUUCCUCUACAGACAGUUGACACAGCAUGUCUGACACAUACGCCAAUAGUGUCUGAACUCUGGAGAUAUAUCAAACUCACUUAUCAAGCAGGAAGUAGAAGGAACAGGAUCAAGACAGGUCAUGAAUUAAGGAACUGAUGAUGUCACAGAGCAGGGGUCAUGGUGGGUCAGGGGUUCGGAUGAGGGAGCUGUAUGUUCUGCUGUGUGUGGUACUGACUCUACCAGGCUGCAGAGGCUUCCUCCCCAACUUCUGGUCCCGUGUGUUAACCCUGUCCUUGGACUCCUACACACACCAAUUCAUCACUGAGCAGGGUGUCCUCAACGUCACUCUGGAGACACUGAGCAUGGCCAACACACACCAGCACACACAGAAGCAGGCAGGUCUGGGUCGGGGGUUCUGGCAUGCAGUGGGGGAGGUGGUGCAUUCCAAUGCGGCCAUGGACUUCCUCAGCUCCACACGGUCCGACCCAGUCUACCACUUUGACUCGGAGCGCGUGGAGGAAUCUAUGGCGAUGCUACGGCAGUUCUGGGCCCAAACCCUGCUCUCUGCACGAGCCAAAGAGUACCAGGGGGCGAGACACAGUCUGGGACAGCUGCUACACUCAUUGCAGGAUUUCUACAGCCAUAGUAACUGGGUGGAGAUGGGUCAGCACUCAAUAUACCUCCACCUGCUGCAGCCUGGGCAGCCAGCCUUCCCUGUAGCCACAGAGGACACUCCUACCUGUAUGGAGUGUCACAGCGCUACUUGCAGAGAUAACCUCCUGCCCAGACUGACCCAAAGUCAGCAGUACCCUCUACUGCUCACCACUGGGUACUUCAGCACCUACCCACCCAAACCACAAGGGAAGUGUAGUCACGGGGGUGUACUGGACAGCAGUCGUCACCAGGGGGCCAAGGGGGGCAUCAAUAAGGACAGCACCUCCCCCCUAUUCUCCCCCCAUCACUACCUCCAUGUGGAGGCUGCCCGCCUCGCUACCACGGCAACCCUUACUGUGCUCAGAGACCUCCGAGACAGUGUGGGCAACAUCAGCUUCCUCAGACUCUUCAGUGUGAAGCAGCCUCCAGCGCUGGUGUUUGUCAUGGACACCACAGGCAGCAUGUUUGAGGAGAUCACCGCAGCCCGCCUCCGUGCCCACUCUAUCAUCCAGGCCCGCGCCAACACUCCCGAACAGCCUGGCACCUUCCUGCUGGUGCCCUUCCAUGACCCAGGGGUGGGGCCGGUGUAUGAGACAGAGAAACCGGAGGAGUUCAUGAGCUAUAUGGAGAACCUGAUGGCUCUGGGUGGAGGAGAUGAACCUGAGAUGUGUCUUUCUGCCAUACAGCUGGCCCUCACUCAUAGCCCACCCCUGUCAGAGAUAUUUGUAUUCACUGAUGCCUCCCCUAAAGAUGCUCACCUGUACAAUGCUGUGAGGGCUCUUAUACUAGAGAAACAAUGCAAGAUGACCUUCCUCCUGACUGAAGACCCCAGUCACAAGAUGAAGGGCAGCAGGAGGAAGAGGAGGAGGAGGAGGGAGACUCUGUCCCCUGACCGUUUCGCUCUCUACUCCUCCCUGUCCUCUGUUUCCGGGGGACUGACUGUCUUCACCACUAACUCAGACAUCCACCGUGUCUCUGCCAUAGUUGAGGACAACACAGCUGCAGAUAAGGUGACUCUGCUACAUGCAGAGAGUGAUAGUGACUCCAACUUAUCCCACUACUUCAGUGUGGACAAUUCAGUGAAGUGCGUGACCCUUCAUCUCACUGGAGACCUCAGACAAUGUGUCCUCAGCAGCCCAACUGAUCGUACUCAGUCUCUGUUGAAUCAGCAGGGUCCCCUGGCAGAGUGUGAGCAGUUUCAGGGUCUGUACAGGAUCAGCCUACUGUCCCCUAUAGAGCCAGGCCAGUGGCACCUCAACACCAUUGCUGAUGGUCACGUCACCUUUAAUGCCAUAGCUGACAGCAAUGUGGACUUCCUGUAUUACUUUGCUGUGGAGGCCAAUGGAACGCAUCCAGGCCUGGCUAAAGUGGAGGGGAGUCCAAUUGCAGGUGUCCCAACCUUUCUAGUGCUGGCUGUCACAGGUCUAUUGCCCAAUGCGAAGGCCUCUUUCAGUCACGUGACCCUGCUGGGAGCAAAUGGGGAGAGCCUCCAGAAAGUGUGGCUAAACUCGUCCUCUUCAUCUGCAUCCUCUGGAGAGGAGCUGGUUGGCUGGAUGGCCUCUGUUCCCAGGGUGCCGUUCUGUGUCCGUCUAUCCGGCAGAGACGGGGGAGGGAACCGCCUGGAACGCGUCUCCACGGAGAUGAUCCAGCACACACACAUUAAGAUACAGGUCCUGUCUAUCCCACGUCUGGUUCCUGGCCACAGUACGACAGUAUUUUUUGAUGUUCAGAACCACGGCCCCGCCCGAAACCUCACCCUGACCGCUGACGAUGACCGGGGAUAUCUCUCUCAGAGAGGACCACACAGCCUCUCUGUGGGGGAGAGAGGGUCAGUGAGGGGUGAGGUGGAGCUCCAAACUCCUAAGGGGGCUGAGGCAGGAGGGGCUGUCACUAUGACUCUGACAGUGCGAGUGCUGGACUCCCUGGACUCCAACUACGCAGUGUUGCACCUGACUGUAGUUCCUCCGGAUCCUGACAUGUCUCCCCCAUCAUGUUCCAUCAUGCGAGUAGAACACACCUGCCCAGGCCCGACUCAGUGCACAGGAGUCAGAUGGACUGUCUCUCUGGCUGUGACAGACAGGGGGUGCUCUGGCCUGGCUUCCCUCCAGCUCUCCCAGGGUCAGGGCAUUCUCACCCUGCUCCACAGCCCCACAGACCCCCUAGGGGACAGCCUGGAGGAGAACCAGCCCACCCCCAAGCACAAACCUCAGAACCAGAGAGACAGGGAGAGGACAAGCCCAGCACAUGGGGAGAAUGGCUAUGCUGAACUGGAUCCCAGGCUGGUACAAGGUAACCCUCCUCUGAACGUGGCCCAGUGGACAGGUAGAUUGCCCAAGCCUCUGUGGGUGAGGUAUACCUCCCCCUGCUGCUCCCCCCAGGCGGAGCUCCUGGUGUGGGACGGGGCCGGAAAUAUGAGGCGCUGCCAUCUGACCGCCAGCCAGCAGAGGGGUAUACGGGAGAGGAGUGGAGUAUCAGACAGUGCUGGAGAGAUGCCGCUGCAAAGUUGCUUCCUGUUGUUUUCAUUGUUGAGUUUGAUUUGGACUGUUCCACUGUUGGUUGAUGUGGGAUCAUUUCUCUAUGUCAAAUAACCUUAAAGAUGUUCUGUAACCAAAAGGCUUCUGUUUUUAUGGGCCACUAGAAGCACACUUUAGACUUCAGUUCCUCACCUGAACCUUUCACUGGAAAGCAGACAAUGAUGAAUUAAGUUGAUUUUUAAAUAGUACUUUCUUGACAUUGUGUCAUACAAACCCUUAUCCUUGUUGUCAUUUGUUUUUGUUAAUAUAUUUUUUUAUUACCCCUUUUUCUUCCCAAUUGGUAGUUACAGUCUGACUCCCGAACAGACACCACUACAGGUGUUAGAGACAAAUAAAUGCUGUGUCCUUUUGACCUUUUAUUUAACUAGGCAAGUCAGUUAAGAAAACAUUCUUAUUUACAAUGACUACCCCGGCCAAACACUAACCCAGACGAAACUGGGCCAAUUGUGCCCUGCCCUCUGGUACUCCCAAUCACGGCCGGUUGUGACACAGCCUGAAAUCAAACCAGGGUCUGUAGUGACGCAUCUAACACUGAGAUGCAGUGCCUUAGACCGCUGCACCAGACUUUAAUUACCCGUGAAUGUAGUUCACCCAGUCCGAACCAUUCACGGUGGUGUUCAAAUCAAAUCACCUGUGUGCACCUACAUUGUAAACUUUCAUUCAAAGGCUAGGAUGUAGCAACCUCAUGCUGGGUAUAGGGAAACAUUUAGUAUCAUGUAGUAGUUUAAACCUAUCCAUGUUACAUUGAACUGGGGGAAUGGAAUAUGAAUGACAGUCAUCCAAUAUGCUGUAAUAAAAAAUAAGGCCAUGCUCAUGAAAAAGAAGUCCACCCUCAUCUUAAACGGCAUCGACUGCCACUGGUCAACAUGUUGUUGUUCUUUAACUUGCUUUCACGCACACACGCAUGGGCACACAGCACACACCACACACCACACACCACACACCACACACCACACACCACACACAUAAAUCAUUACCAUGGACAGUCACGUCAUAUUUAGAUUACAUUGAUUAGACUAAAUAGUUUUUGGUACAUUUUAGUUGUCACUGUAUUCGACUAAGCAUACUGUAGGUGAUUAGAUGAUGUUGAAAUGGUGCUGGAAUAGUGGAGGCUGUUUUCUUUGCCACUUGCUGUAACAGGUUGUAAGUGAUAGUUGUUUAGUAGUCCCAACAUUUCGGAAACAUGAACUCGCUUGACCAUGUUGUUGGUCAUGUAACUGUUUGUUACAUGCAAUAUGUUUUGUGGACUUCACUGGACAGAUGUUGCUCUUCGGUUUUGUAAUGAAAGAAAUGUGUGGUUGAAUUUAUUCUGCCACUGUGUCUUCGUAUUGUCUCGGCCUUUAGGCCUAUAUAUCACAGUGGCAAGGCAUAUGAACAGGUUAUAGAGCAAAAAAUGCAAUUAUCACAACACAUAGAUUGUUCUGUGUCUUUUUUUCCUGGCUUGACUUCCCUGGCGAUUUUACCCAGACACAGCUACUAUUUAACAGUCACACAAAACUUCUCCAGCCCUGGAACAGAUCGAUAAAUCCUCCUCCAUGGAGCUACUUCCUGAUGCUAACCACUCCUUCAAUGAUAUGCUGAAACGUUGAUUUGUGGUUUCAAGUGUAUCUUGCAGCUAAUGUAACAGUAAAAUAACAAUUAACAGGAUUUGUUUUUACAACAUCAACCACAACAACAAAAGCAGAAAGUCUACCAUUUGUAAAUGACUAGGUUUUUAUAGAGCACAAAUUCAUACAGAUAUUUCUUUGGUGUUCAGAAAUGUAUACAGAUCAACUACUUCGUUAACUGCAAUACAAAGCCCUUAUCGCUCAGAAUAUGAGCUAGCACUUGGAAGACCAGAAAUCACACUGUUAGAUAAUACUUGGCAAGUGGAGUAUAAAACUGUAAAUGAUAUGCACCUCAUCUCUCUCCACUUCUGAAAAUUACUUUUUAAUGAAUCAUUGGUCACCCUCUUCCUCUUGAUUUUGAGCUGAAAUAACAUGUGGCUUGUUUACUUUACUCUGACCAAACAUAACACCUAGUGUAGCAAGAGGUUAUAAGAUGGACUCUUACCUACUACUCUCCUCCAUACUAAGUUGGAAUGAUCCACAAUGGCAAUGAAAGGCCCAAUCACACCCCUCUUGAACAGGACAGCGAGUAUUAAGAUGAAUUUAACAGAUACCAUUUUUUAUUUGACCUUUUUUCGGUUACUAGUCCAACGCUCUAAACACUAGGCUACCUGCCGCCCAAAUGAUGCCUUUCACUAUGUACAUGUUGGCCAGGUUCUUCUUUGGAACUGGAUAGAAAGUUCACACGUGUGAACAUACUACAUGCUGUCAGUGGAGACUGCUGAGGGAAGGACAGCUCAUAAUAAUGGUCAGAAUGGUUUUUCUUGUGUUUGAUACCAUUCCAUUCACUCCAUUAUACUCCAUUCCAGCCAUUAUUAUGAAUCGUUCUCACCUCAGUGGCUUCCACUGCAUGCUGUAGUAUAUCUCCAGCCAAUUCAAUUGUAAAUGAUAUUGGGAAAUGUACCUGUGCCUUACCGUCCAUUCCUUACUCAACAAAUGCAACUUAGUCACUUGGGCUCCUGAGUGAUGCAGCGGUCUAAGGCACUGCAUCUCAGUGCUAGACGUUUCAAAUCUGACGGCUUGUAUAGCCAUGCCUUUAGCUCUCUGUUGCACUGUCUUGGCACACAUAUUUUGUCUUACCAUGUUAAUGAUUGUAAUGUUCACUGGUUACUCUCACAGCCGUAUCCAUUACAUAUCGAUUACAAUUCAGAUUUCGAUUGACGUCCCGCCAGAAUUCAAUUCCCUCAGGGUGGUUCAACCAUUCUGGCAUCACAGCCUCUUGUUUGCCACUGCUGUUGUACGAAUAGACAAUGACAUCAUCUAUCAUUACUGAAUGGACGAGUUUUGGAUUCAAGAUCCAUUGGGUUGCGAUGCAAUGAAGAGGAGGGGCUGGAAGACAACAUUUGAAGUUAUCGUUUCUGUAGCCUGUUUCAAUAGAAAACGUUAAGACAACGUUGUGUAGUCGUUGUGUUUGCUGGGUUUAGCCUUUAAACAAAAGUAUACCAAGUAAAACUGCAUUUGGUUUGUUGUACUAUGAUACAACUUGGUGAGACAAGAAUUCCAAAAGCAUAACUCAAAUAAUGAAUAAACCUAGGAUGGAGAAUUGCAUUAAUGAAUUUACAAUUGUGGUUAUCAUAUUGCCAAUAAUAUAUUCUUGUUGGUGUAUUCAUGAACACAGCUUAUGAGCUGAAGUGUAACAGGAAGUUGGCUUGAGUCAAAUAUCCCACUUCUGAUGUUUUUUUAGGGCUCUGGAGUGGUGCAGCGGUUUGAUUCUGGAGUGGUGCAGAGGUUCGAUUCUGGAGUGGUGCAGCGGUUAUAUUCUGGAGUGGUGCAGCGGUUCGAUUCUGGAGUGGUGCAGCGGUUCGAUUCUGGAGUGGUGCAAAGCUAGUGAGGGAGAUGUGAGUCUCAAGCUUCAGAGAUGUUUGCAAUUCGUUCCAGUC